AUGCCUCACGCUCGAAAUAGGAACCCGAGCCCCAUUCCGGAGGUGACGUGGGACACGGGCUCCAAGGAGAUGAACGAGACGUGGAAAGGCGCGAUCGCCUGCCUCGGGGUGGCCGUCUUCUUCGUCAUGACCAUCGGGAUCAUCUACUGGCAAGUGGUGGACCAGCCCAACAAGAACUGGAUCCUGAAGGGCACUCGGAGCGGACUCAUCUGGGAGAGGAGAAGCCACUCGCUGCUCAUCCAGACGCUGACGGAGGACGAGACCUUGGUGGAGAUCGACGUGCAGGGCAACGUGGGCAACCCCGAGCUGGAGCUCCCCUUCGUCAGGAACCUCUGCUGGCUCAACAACACCGAGUUCUGCUACACCUGGGACGCGCUGGCCGACAUCAAAAUCACCCUGGACGUCGACCCGGACGCCGACAGCGAGUGCUACGGCGUCACCUGGACGCCGGCGCAGUGCCACGUGCGGCUUAAGGAUUGCUUCUCCAUGAACAACGUGUCGUGGUACGGCGGCGCCGGCGUCAGCGCUCAGACGUGGCCCAUCAACCGUCAAAACGCCAGCAUGCAGCCCUUCGUCGUCAGCGACCUCAAGGAGAACCCGCACGCUUUCGCUUCCGCUCUCGAGCGUUACUUCUUGGGCUCGUCAGGCGUGGCGGUGCUGGCGUCCCCCGAGCUCCCUCUGCAACUGGGGUUGAAGAGCGGGCAGCGCUUCUGCCUGCAGUCGCCGCCCGGUCCCGAUCUCCUGCCGCUGCAAUACACCGUCUGCGUGGCCGACCACGUCAAGGCCGCCCACCGACAAGCCAUGCGCCGCCUCUCCCGCUUCGCCAGGGAGGUACCUGACACCAAGGCGCUCUGGCUGCCGUCCUGGAAGCUACUCACCAACGUGGAUUCGGGACUGAAGGUGGAGAGGGAGUUGAGGACCUUCUCCAAUCGUCUUCGAAGGCACCAGCUAGGAGAUGGAAUCAUCAGCCUUAAUGAACAUUCCACCAACCUCCUCUCUCAAAUGGACCACGACUACCUCAACGGCAGGAAGAGGGGGGCGUCCAGGAGAGCGAGCAGGGAGCUCCCGCUCGUCAAGCUUCUUAACAUUUCCGUCACCCUGUCCCCUUUCCUGAGCGUGGACAGCGCGCCGUUCCGAGCGUCGCUGGCGGACGGCGCCGCCGAGGCCUUCUGGCUCGCUCUCCCCUCGCCGCCUCGCGGGCAGCCGGUCCCCCUGAUGACUCGAUGGCGAGGGAAAUUCUGCGUCAAGCUGAACGUCAGCGACCCGGGAGCGGUCGCCUGGUUCCUGGACAGAGUGGCGUCCCUGCGGGCCCACUUGGGAAUGGAGUACAUCCUGCUGGAGGGCGGGGAGAGAAACGUCUUCGAGGAGACGCGGCGGCCGCCGCCGGGCUUUCCGGGCGGCGACGCCUACAUCGGCCUGCUGGCCGACGUGGCCGCCAGAAUGGGGGACUCCACCGUGGUGUCGGCGGGGACCAGGUCCAGCCACAAGCCGGUCUACGUGAUGAUGACCCCUCUGCGUUCGGACUGGAGUCAAAUGGGCCUGAAGGGCAUCAUUCCCUCUCUGCUGCACCACACAGUGCUGGGAUACAACUUCCUCAUUCCCGACGCAGUAGGCGGCUCUCUAUCUGGAGACAUGGUGACGGAUGAGGAGUUGUACAUCCGUUGGCUGGAGAUUGUGUCCUUCCUGCCCGUCCUCAGCUUCCAUACGCCGCCGUGGGUCUGCGGAGAGGACCGGGUGCUGAACUUAACUCGGAUCUACAUCGGCAAGCACCAGAGGGACGUGGUGCCGCUGCUGGAGAAAUACGCCGAGGAGUGGCGGGAGACGGGCGACCCCAUCUAUCGGCCCAUGUGGUGGCUCGGUCCGCGGGAUCCCCUCACCUUCACCAUCGACGACCAGUUCCUCAUCGGAGACCAGGUUCUGGUGGCGCCGGUGGUGGAGAAGGGCGCCCGAGGGAGAGACAUUUACUUACCGGACGGGGGCUUCCGGUGGCAGGAUGGCCAAAACGGCCAAGUGUUUGACGGCGGGACCUUCCUACGGGACUACCCGGUGCCCUUGGAGGCGGUGGCCGUCUUCUUACGCCACGGAUGA